CAAAUUCCCCACUCCGCCAUUAUUCACCACUUGACCAUACACGAAAGAAGCAAGUGCAAGAUGAUGAAGUGAAUUUAGUGAUUUUUCAUGUGAAAUUGUGGCAUAAAGUGAGGAAAAGUGUGUGAAAAGCAUUCAUAGUGAAGCAGUGUUCUGGAAAAUAGAAUAAGAAGAAAUACGAAAGAAGGAAGAGAAGAAUAAUCAUCAAUUUGAGGUGAAAUAGCGCAAAGUGAGGAGUUAAGUGUUAUUCUAUACGAAGUUUAAAAGAAUUUCAGUGAAGUGAGAGUGAAGAAAAGAGAGAGAAAAUGGCUCUUUGGGGGCAAACAGUGAAAUUGCCCGGUGAAGUGAUGAUGACCAUCAAGCAGCACUACAAUGAGGUGAUGCCGAUUGAAAUUCGUCAUUUCUUAGCGCCAUGGCUGGAGGAGCAUAUUUUACCAACAAUGAAUAUGCAUAUGGAAUAUGAUCAACAACAUUAUGAGCAGGUAGCAUCGAAUUUUUUGAGUGAUUUCAUCUUAGAAUUGGAAACACGGGCACCAGAAUUUACAGGAACAAAUGUGACGGUUCAAUUGUGCUUUACGGAAAUGGCAAAGAAAUUGCGACAGCGAUUUCAGCACGAUCCAGUUCAAUUAUUUAGUCAUUUGACACGAUGUCUGCAAAUGGAAUGGAGUUAUGUGAAUGGAUGUGCGAUGCCAUAUCAAAAUGCUGAAAUUGUUGAGGUCAAUGACAAAUUGCACACCCUCACUACGAUGGUGACGGCAAAUGAGGAGGCAAAUCGACAAUUAAAAUUGGAUUAUGAGCGUUUUUCGCUUGAAUAUCAUGAUUUGUAUAAGACAACAUCUUUUAUCAAAACAAUUACGGAUCCUCAGCAGUUGGAACAGAGCAAAGUGCAGCUAAAAGAGCAACAGGAUCGUCUCAAUGAUUUCCUAAAUGCCAUUCAAAAUCGUCAGUUAACACUGAUUGGAAAUAUUAAGGAGGUGAUUAAUCAACUGCAACAGGCUCAUGAGUUGAUAAUGGUCAAGCAACUUAGAUUGUGGAAGGCCAAUCAGGGUUUGGCUGGCAAUGGUGCACCAUUAAAUAACAAUUUGGACACAAUUCAACAAUGGUGUGAAACACUAGCGGACAAUUUGUGGAAUACAAAGACACAAAUUCAGAUACUGUCCAAGACUAAACAGAGCAUCAAUAUGCCCAUUGAUCCCAACCUCCCAGAUUUGCUUGAGCCAUCCAAGAAGGAGAUUAUUAAUUUGCUUGUGAAACUCGUCACCGCUAGCUUUGUCAUUGAGAAACAGCCACCGCAAGUUAUGAAGACAAAUACCAGAUUCACCGCUACAGUACGACUUCUUGUUGGACCCAAACUCAACAUCCAGAUGAACAGUCCCAGUGUCAAAGUAUCCAUCGUAUCAGAAUCCCAAGCGCAACAUGUUCAGCAAUCCAAUCAAUACUCCGAAGCACUUGCUUCGGGUGAGAUUCUCAAUAAUAGUGGGACACUGGAGUAUCAACAGGCAACGAAUCAGGUGUCAGUGAGCUUUCGCAAUAUGCAACUGAAGAAGAUAAAGAGGGCAGAGAAGAAGGGUACUGAGAGUGUGAUGGAUGAGAAAUUUGCUCUGCUGUUUCAGUCAAAAUUUCAAAUUGGCAGUGGAGAAUUGGUGAUUACGGCAUGGGCACUAUCAUUGCCAGUGGUUGUGAUUGUACAUGGGAAUCAGGAGCCACAGAGUUGGGCGACAAUAACAUGGGAUAAUGCUUUUGCUGAUCCGACACGUGUACCAUUUCAAGUGCCGGACAAAGUGCCAUGGCCACGUUUAGCUGAGGCACUAAAUAUGAAGUUCAAAGCAGCUACGGGACGUUUGCUAUCUGAUGGGAAUUUGCAAUUUCUCUGUGAGAAGGCCUUUAGGCAUUCAACACCAAAUACCCUCAAUCAGAAUGAAAUGUACAUCUCAUGGGCACAAUUCUGCAAGGAACCACUACCGGAUAGAACAUAUACAUUUUGGGAGUGGUUCUAUGCUGUGAUGAAAUUGACGAGAGAACAUUUGAGAAAUCCCUGGCAGGAUGGUCUCAUAAUUGGGUUUAUUCAUAAGAAACAGGCUGAAGAUAUGCUCAUGAAGUGUCCUAUUGGCACAUUUUUGCUUCGUUUCUCUGACAGUGAAUUAGGAGGUGUAACAAUUGCAUGGGUGGGCGAUGGCAGUGACCAACAACCACAAAUUUUUAUGCUUCAGCCAUUUUUGGCCAAGGACUUUGCCAUCAGAUCCCUCCCGGAUCAUAUUGCAGAUUUACAGCAGCUUGUGACAUUGUAUCCUGAUACACCGAAGGAGAAGGCUUUUGGCAAAUAUUUCACAGCUUUUCCAAGUCAAGCAAACAAUGGAUAUGUGGUGCGACGAUUGGUGACCCAAGUUCCCGGAGUACCCAUGGGAAGUUAUCCAAAUACCCCGAGCCACAUGAGUAUACAGUCGCCAGAUCAUACGAGAGAUACACCGUCAAUUUCAAGCAGUUAUGGACAACCUGGAAUUGCACUCGGCAAUGAACUUGGUAUGAUGUUAGACGAAUUUGAGCUCGGAAUGUUUCCCACAAAUUACCAAAAUCAGCAAAAUUAGGAUGUUGUAAAUUCUCUCUCAUGAGUGGAGCAUCUCUUAGCGGACAAGAUAGUUUUUUUCUCAAUUGAUACUUUUCUUUUCUAAAGAUGGUAAAAGGAAAAGAAACUUGUAAUAAGUAAGUGUUGUUACUUUAAAAAAAAAUGUGCGAAGGACAAGAAAUUUAUAAAAUAGUGUUUAAUUUCUCAAAGCGAUAAUUUUUUUUGGAGAUAUCCAAAUAGCACCAUAUAUAUUUUUUUUUAGUUUCUUGAGAAAGUUUUAACACAAAGUGACAAGAAAAAUAUUUUUUUUUGGAAUUAUAACAAGAUAUUGACGAAAAAUCCGCGCUUAAUAAACUUUUUUUUUGUUUUAGAUUUAGAAUAAAUGAUAAAAAAAUAUUUUACACUUAAUAAAUAAAAUAUUGGUGAUACUGAGGUUAUUGUAUUUUAAAUAUAAAUAUUUUUAUGUAAUUAAUAAAAAAAGUGAAAUUAAUAAAAGUCAAAUAAGAUUAGCUGUCUUUACUGUUAUAAUAGGAAUAAUAAAAAUAGAUAUUUAGUAAAAUAAGAGAAUACAGAUGAAAAUACAUCAAUUUUCUUCUUAAAUCUAUUUUUGCACACACUUUAUUUUAUUAGAGAUUUUGACAUGGAAAAAAAAAGAUUAGCUUUCUCAAAGAAAAUUAAAGAGA